AUUUCAAUUUCUUGGCAUCGCCGUAAUUUCCCUCUACUUCCUUUCCCUUUUAUUUCUCCUUCUUCGUCCAUCUCCAGGCAUUCGCCAUGCCCUCCUUCUCCCGCGCGUUCAACGCGCGCCGUCUCGCCUGGAUCGCUGCCCCCACUCUCCUCGCCAUCACCUGGUUCGCGCGCCACCGCAUCUACAUCGCCUACUGUCUCGCCUACACCUACUUUGCGUUCACCUUCCUCCCGACGGCGGUCAUCGGUGAGGGGGAUGGCUUCGACCUCCUCGCCGUGCGCCCCCCGCCCGACGCGCCCGAGAUUGUCCCCCGCAUCCUGCACCAGGUUCGCCUGGGGAACAUCGAGAUGCGCGAGAAGUGGAUCGCCGGUCGCCAGUCUUGCCUCGACGCUCACCAGGGGCGCAACUGGACGUUCAUCAUGUGGGAGGACGAGAACGCGGACGCGUUCGUGAAGGAGAACUACCCGGACCUCUUUGACAUGUACCGCGGCUACGGACAGGGUGCGCCCGUCCUCCCCCUUAACACGUUCCCCGCUCACCAUGCCCCCUACCCCGCAGAAAUCCAGCGCUCGAACGUCAUCCGGUACCUCAUCCUGAACAAAAUGGGCGGCAUCUACCUCGACCUGGACGUCAAGUGCAAGGUCCCCCUCGACCCGUUCCUCACGCAGUCCUGGUUGUCCCCGCCAGGCCUCCCGACGGGUAUCAACAACGCGUUCCUCACCUCCACACCGGGGAACCCGUUCCUAGGCUUUGUGAUCGAGCGGCUGCAAGCCUAUGAUCUCAACUGGAUCUCGCUCUACGCGACGGACAUGUUCUCUGCUGGCUGUCACUUCAUCUCAACGAUGCACGCCCUAUACCCACAACGCGACCAGCUCAAGGUUCUCCCCGAGGGUUACAAGCUUGGCGGCAUCAGCAAUAACCACAUCUUCGAGCAUUUCGGUGCAGGGUACGUCGUCUUCUUCUUCACGAUGACCACCUGCGAAGAACGCGUGACGUCCUACGCGCGAAAAUCGUCAUUCUGGCAGAGAUCCGCGGCGGAGGCGGUGGGCGGACUGCGGUUGACUUCGCCCGGAGUUCGAUGCAGUCCGACUACGCGCAUGUCGCUGCCGUAUCGCUGCCUAUGAUGAACUAGCCGACUAGGCGCACCCUGCUCAGCGCGCCUCCUCGUUUCGAACGCAGCGUCUAGCAGGACGAGGCGCUCGACAGGACCCUGACGGGAGGGCGGUCUGACGGAGACCAUAGAGUUUUCAUCAAACCCUCUUGACACGCCUUCGUCUACCUUCCAUCCUCUUCACAAAACCCCCUCUUACCCCGCCUGACCACUUCCUCGACCAUGUUCGACCUUUUGAUCACGUCCUAACUGCUCGACAGAUCCUGGCACCGCGCCGACGCCGCUGCCAUCAAGAUUGUCGGCAACGUCGUCG